UGUUUAUGUUAAAUCACCAUGUUCCCUUUUUAUGGCGCACAUGUUUCCUUUCCCUAAUUUUUAAUCUAGCCGUAGCCCUGCUCGACACAUUUUAGUUGAUCACAUUCAUUGUUUAUUUUGGCGCUCUGAAAUUCAAAGGGGUCGCCCAUAUAUCACGUGCAUAGAAAAAUCACGAUUUUAGACACUGCUGGACAUCUUUUAUAUUCCUCCGACUGUUGUCCACGCACACAUUCCUAUUUUUUAGGAAAUUUGGAAAACUGAAUUGCGCCUUAAUUCUUUUUUCGAGGUUCGUUUCUAUUUUUUUAUUUGUUCGUUAGCUUUAUUAAUUGUAACUUUUUGUUCUCAAUUCUUUCAUUUUCCUCUAAACUAGUGAAUCUAAGCUUACCAAAACAAGAAUCAAUGAAAUCCGUGGGUUUUGUUUAAAAACAAAAUUGAAAUUUAUCGAAGAAAGACUAAACUCGAAACAAGACAGCAAUGGUAUACAUAAAAAUCGGUAUGAAUAUCAUUGCACAGCUUUAAGUAUAAAUACAGCGAUAAAAACAUGCAGAUCUCUGUUGUUUUUUCUCGACGCAUUACACCUCUUUUUUUGGUGCAAUUUGGUUUUCAUUAAUGGUGUAAUGGAUCAGAAUGUUUACUUAAACAUCUCGAAGAAAACUUUAAAAUCCUUCAAGAAUUCUAUAUAAAUAAAAAUGAUUUGGUGUCCCAUCCUCACGAUUUAACUCGAGAACGGAGCAACAGAUUUGAACGGUCAGUAUCAGGUUUAAUUAGGCUAACCAAACGUAGGGAAAGUGGGGGUAAUACGGACAUGUUAAGAAGAACUUCAAUUAUAUCGUUGGAAACUCAUGCUUACAAAACAUAAAUGCAGUUUCUUGCAAUUCUCGCGUAACUUUUGAAAAGGUCCAAUGUAACAUUUUCGUCAACUCGAGAAAAACGAAGUUGAAGACCCGAACAUUAAUCUGCGAAUUGUAUUGAAAGGUAUCGAUCUUUAUCGCUCCUCUCACCACUAGCGAUCAAGAAUAGCUCUCCAAAACCAAUCGUAGCUGUUGUUCCGUGAUUUGAGUUUAAAGUUCCAAGGAGCGAAAAUGUAACAUUGGACGUUUUGACUGCCCGCGUUUGCACAUUGGACAUAUUACGUUGCACGAUAAGAAUUUGAAACUAACUACUAAACAACAAUCCAAAAAUCAGCAUUUCGUACUAAAGACAUUAUUAUUGUUAUCACCCGUUGAAUUGAACUGAAAUCGAUAACAACUACCGUAAGAAACAAAAACUCAAAACGACCGAAGUACGACUUCGUGUUGUUUUGACUGCUUUGUUACUUCGGACGUUUCGGGCAUCGGAGGAAAGUGGCGUCCGAAGUAACACCCGGGUGCUUAAAAUCCGAAUCUGUACAUUGGAUAUUUUUUGUAUCGGCGAUAAAAAGAUGAAGAAAAUAGAUACGUGAACGAUUGUUUUUGUAAUGCAUUCAAUGAUUGAAGACUAAUAGCGUGCAUCCAUUAACUCGAUUUGUUUACAUUUGUUACAUAGGACCUUUUCAAAAGUUACGCGAGAAUUCAAUACACUGUUUUUCGGAUUUUUCGGCGAAAUGUUUUUACUGAAAUUAAAACAGACCGAAUGAUGCGGGUAUAAUGGACGUGUAGUAGGGGGAAUAUGGACAAGCUUAUACAUUAAAGUGACCAGAUUGUCAGAGGUCUAACGCGGGACACAAAAAACAAAACGUUAUGUAUAUACGUUAUGUGAACAUAAACCAUAGUUUGGCGAGUCUUAACUGAUCAGUAUUAUUUCUUUCUGAGUAUCGGCACUCAGUUGUGAUUUUUCGGUGGUUUAGAUUUUGUGUUACUGCAAGCUCCACCCUACAGCGAAGGAGUUGGACAUCCUGAGGCACUUUGUGUCCGCCAGAUAUAGCCGAUCUGGUAUUUACAAUAUCGUCUCUUUGCCACUCCUCAAGCCGAGAGAUCGAAGCAAACGGCCAAACGGUGGAGAAGAAUCCGGCCAAAAUGGGCAUUUUUAUGCGGAAGCGUCAGACGAGACCGGCCGUAUCUGAGCAGCACGCAAUCACCCAGAAGGAGUAGCUUGAGGUGCUGGUGAAAAACUUUCCGGCGAAGGAAGUGGAAAACUUCUUUUCGUACUCGUAAUGAAAGACGAGACGUACUUGAUGCAAGAAUUCAACGAAUGGCAGGAGAUCGGGUACUUUACGUUCCCCAGACGUGAAGGGAAUGUCCAAGCCGCUCUUCUUUCGAGUCAUAUGGUGAACGGGAAGAUAUAUAGUACGAAGUGCUUGCCGGAGUUGGGAAGGUGAUGUGGUCUUUAUGCCGAACCUGGGAUCAGCUCAUUAUGCCAAAAGAUCACUGGAGGAUCGAUCGGCUGGAGAUAAACAUUGUCGCGAAGACUACCAACCUUCCCAACAUUCACCAGCUACGCCCGAUAGAAAACUUUUGAGUGAAUGGCCAAAAUAGAGAGACAGACGACCAUCAAGGCCACAAAAAGCACGGUAUGCAAUUCAAAGCCUCAAUGUAUUGAGCUAAGCCGUCUAAUCAAACAACGCGUUCCCGGCGCCCAUGUCAAGUGCACAACCGGCCGCCGUGGUUCGUUCGAAGUGCAAAUCAACGACACAUUGGUGCACUCCAAGCUUGGUUCGUUAGCCUUUCCCGACUAUGAAGAAGUAAUCGCCAACGUGAUCGCCGCUAGGCAGGGCCAACCAGUGAAGAAAGUGAAAGAACAACCCAUAACCGAUUGCGUUCUGCAGUGAUAUUCGAAGAUUUCAGUAACUCCAAAAUAAAGUGAUUGCAUAUAUGUGUAAAACAUGAUAAAAAAAUAUAUUGAUUGAUUAAA